AUGUCAUAUGAGAGUUUCUGCUCUUUGGAAUCACAUUUUGAAGACACUGUUGCAUGCAGACUACCACUUGGGUUAUUCCUUCCGUCAAUAAAAAUACAACCCGCUUUACUCCAUCCGUAGCUAAAGGUCGCCGCCAUUCCGCUCCAGCCGCUAGAGCAAAGCUUUCCAACACCAAUAACGAUUUGAGUACGAAGAAGGGGAAGAAAGGCAAUGAAAGAAAACAAGAAUUGGAGACUAUGAGUGAGCCUGAAUUUGAUUCACCCAAGGUUGCUCAGGCGUCCAAUGUUGGCAAUGGCAGCCUAUCAUUUCCCAAACCGAUACUCAAGCGCACGGUUCAGGGGCAGCCAUCUGCACAACCGCAUUCGAGAAAGGUUCGAUUUCCGUCUCCCGAUAUUGAGGUGGUUAUAGCCAAGCAGAAGGCAAGACGAAAAACAGGCAAGUAUCAGGCGCAACCAUUUGGAUGGAUGGCUAAGCGACCAAGACGCAAAGCAAGACAAGUAGACAUUGAUCGUCUACUAGAAGAGGACAGCACAGAGGAGCUCUGGGAGGAUAUGGCAGGCGAACGACCAGAGGAUGGCCAGAGUGAGACGAAGGCAGCUGGUGAAGAAGCGGUCAUAUUGACAGAAAACCCGUUUGCUCCGCAGGUCAGAAUGAUAAACGGGCGGUUUGUCCUUGACACUAGCUCUACUUUUCGAACCUCCAUAGACUCUGAAAGCACUAUGGAGAUUGUUGAUGAAUAAUCCCUUUCAUGCUAUAUACAUAAGUUCUACCCGUAUAAUUUCGUUUAUCCCACUAUAUAAAUUUGUUGUAUUCCCAUUUCCCCG